AUGUGGCUGAUUCCAUUUGGUCAUCGAAAGCGAAGCUAUCCUCAAGACUAUCACACCGCUCUGGUGAGUCCUUCCUCAUGUUCCCUAUCGAGAAGAGACCUCUUGCGGAAAAGGCUACGAAAGCGCUGUACGAUCUGUAUGGCAACCAAGUACCAAGUUGGAACUGGAGCUGAUAUAAUGUAUGAAGCAUCUGGAGGAUCGCAUGACUGGGCUAAAGGCUCCUUGAAGGUCAAUUAUGCAUAUCUUAUCGAGCUGAGGCCGCAGAACACAGCACUCGGGUGA